AAUUUGCAAAUGGCUUUACUCCGGUUUAACAACUAAAACAUUAUUAUUUGUCCUUUAAAUAUUUCGGAAGGGUUUCAAAUUUAAAGUACAGAUUAGAUACUUCAAUAAUUAAUCCGAAGCAAGUGAACAUUGACGAAUUAGAGACCAACGCAUCAAUAUCUAAACGUAAAUAACAACGCAUUCUGAUUUCUGAUUUGUGGUUGUAGGCAAAAAGACCGAUCAUAUUUGAACGAAUCAAAAUGGAUGCUGGGUGUGAAUGAACUACUGAAAAACGAGCAGCUUUUGUCGAUUUGUAGCGUGAGCUCGAUGGUCGGAUUGAUAAACUGGUGUCGUGAUUUAUUUAGUAUUAAUUUAAGCAGUGUUUUACUCGCGAGUGCCGUCAAUAACGAAGUGGUCCGAGUACUGGUUUAAUUUAGUAGUCACCGUGUCGGAAAGAAAUGUGUUUAUACAAAUGUUUAGUAGGUCUUAAUCAGCAGUCGAGCGUAGUAGGAUGAGGACUGUGUCGACAGUGUUGAAUGUCGUGCCUAGCCCGCGCCUGGCGCUCUGCGAGCCGCGGAUCCCGACGUUCGGUUCGAUAUGGCGAGUGCGUUCGGACUAGAGAGUCGCUCGUGUGUCGCAUGAGCGGUCAGAAAUGAAAUGCAUAUACAGGAAGCAACGAACACAACUCUGACAACAUGUUCCAAAAUGACAGAAGAAGUAGACAGAAGACAUGGCGUAAACGGGAACAGCAGUAGCAAGACAGCGAGCGAGGAGAGUCCCGUCGCCACCUCGGCGCACUCGGGCUCGGGCGGCCGACUCAAGUUCUUCAAAGAUGGCAAGUUCAUCUUGGAGCUGGUGCGCGGGUGCGCGCGCGCGGGCGAGCGCGCGGGCUGGGUGUCGGUGCCGCGCAAGACGUUCUGGCCGCCCGCCGCGCCGCACACGCCGCCCACGCCGCCCGCGCCCGGCCCCACCGCCUCGCUCAGCGUCUCCGACGACAACUCCUCCAUCCAUUCCUCGCCCUGGCAGCGCGACCACUGCUGGAAGCAGCCCGCCCCGCGCCGCAACCUCUCCAAAGAGCUAGCCAUGUACUAUUGCCGGCCCGCGGCGCUCACCGCGCAGGCGAUCCGCGUCGGCGCUCGAGCGAAGCGUCGCCGGCCCUACGACGCGACGCAGCUGGAGCCACGCAACGGGCUCUGUCGGAACGGUGCCGUAUCCCCUGGCCGCGACGCCGUCGACGGCGCGUCCGACUCCGCCGCCAAGUCGGCCGACGAGCGGCGGACGGAUUGCGACCGAGAAAAAUAUUACCACAUGAAACUCAAAAAACCAUAUCAGUAUCAUAAGUUAAGGGUGUAUAAAAAGACGAAACCAGCGAUCAGGCCUAAGGUGCUCGCCCGUACGAUAGACAAGCUGCGCGAACGCAUCGCGGCGCUGCCGGCGCCCGUCAACGCCAAGCUGGCUUCUUGUCGCCAGGAGCACAUGAUGGUAUCGCCGCGCAAGCGCAUUCUACGCGAACUCGAGCGCGUCAGUUUAGAGGACCAGGGCACGAAAAGGCGAGCCAAGACCGUGCCGGCGCUGAGCACCGCGUCAUACCCGCCGUCGCCGGGCCCCGGGCCCAGCCACGCGCCCGCGCGCGCCGCCGCGCCCCCCGACACGCCGCCCGCCACCCGCACCAACGGCACCGCCCGCAAGGAGCCCGUCAGCAAGAACGUGAGCAGCUACAGCAUCCACUCGCUGUUGUCCAUGCCGGACGAGAGCCCCGCCCCGUCGCCGGCGCGGCGCUCGCCGCACUCGUACCCGCCCUCGUUGAAGACGGAGUCGCCGUCGAGCGUGCACUCGCCGGACCUGAGCCCGAGCCCCGACAACUACCGCUACCGCUACUCGGCACUAACGCUGGGCUCGCCGACGCCGGGCGCGCCGCGGGACUCGCCGACGCCGCCGGAGCUGGCGCGGUACCGCCACGCGCCGUACGCGCCGCCCGUGUCGCCGUACGCGGCCGGGCGGCAGUGGGCGGGCGCGGCGUACCGGCGCGAGGACUGGCGCGACCUGCAGUACGUGUACGGGUACGGGUACGGCGGCGUGGCGCCGGCCGUGGGGUACCGUGCGCCGCAGGCCCCGCUGUGGAUGCACUACGGGGUGCCGGUCCCGCCCGGGCCCUGGGCGCCGCUGGCGCACCCGCUCAUCAAUGACCACAUACCUAAAGAAGAACCUACGUCAGAUUUGCCACUGAACCUGUCAAAGCACUGAGAGGCGCGGGCGCUGCUCGGUUCGGUGCGCUCUGAACAUUACUAUUGUACAUGUAUUACAAACGCAAUCAAAGACUUUUAGCUUAUUUAAAGUGGCAUAUGAUUAUGCAAUAUCUUUUUAUAUUUUAUGCUAUACAUUAAAGAACAAGUUCGAACAGUAAACUUGUGGUGAAAUGUCGACAACGUUGUCCCAUUAACAUUCCAUGGUCACUAUCAGUUGGAGAGUAUUGGAAGUCCAAAAAGUACAUCCCACCUAAUCCAAUAGCCUAUAAACGCUCGGAAGCGAUUAAAUUUAAAUAACGAUAUUAUGCACUUUUUGCACAUGGGCAAAAAAUAUUUUUGUAUAAUUGUGGUUUUCCGCAAACUUGUUUGUCUGGAAAUCUAUUUACAAAUCCUGUAUUUUACACGGAAUAAUAUUAUAUUUUUAAUAUAGAUGUACGUAUGCAGAGUCACAUGAGUAUUUUCAUACAAAAUAUUGUACUCCGAGUUGAAUAUUUUAAUAUUGGCUAUUAUUUUAGAGUAGAAUGCUAAGACGAUCUAAUGAACAAAUAACACUAAAUCAUUAUUGACGAUCAGUGCCUUUUCAAAGAAACUACUAAUAAACAUUUAAGAGAAGUAAAAUAUCGCAAAAUCCUAUUAAUUUCCAAGCGCCCCGCCGCACUCGGCGCGCUGAGAGCGGGCUCCGCGGAUCUAUUCACACGACCUAAAUUACCCGCUCCUUACUUAAAAUUCCAUAAUGUUUAUGUUCGAUCUCAUUAUUUAAUUUAGAAAGUAAAAUGAGGUAAAGACUACAGUUUUGGGAUCAAAUUUGGAUGUGUGUUUAUCUAACAUGUAUAUUAAAAAUAAGCGACAUUGUAUAUAAUUUGUGAAUGGUGUAUUAUUGAUGGAAGUCUGGGCGUAGAUUUUAUCAGAGCAUUAACCGCUUAUGAUUUAUCCGUAAGAGUUUUAUUACCUUCAAAUAAUUAUUGUAUUUGUACAGUAUUUCUUUAAUGAGUAUUUUAUAAUUAUUACGAGGACGGUUGGUGGUGUGUGCUCGGUGUAUGUGAGUGCUCUCAGUAGGUCGCGGGCUGCGCGGCUCGUUGUUCUGUGCGUGGCUCAUGUUCACAUUACGCUCACAGCCAGAGGCAUACUUCCUGCUGUGUGAUAAUUAAUCACUCUAAUCUAAUUAUAUACUAUAUAAGUUUAGUAUGAACAUUUCGUUUGCAUUGGAUGGUGUUUAGUGACUGAUGGCUCACCGUGAGCUGUGAGCGAUCGUGAGUGAUACACUAUUUAUUAAUAGUGUAUCACUCAUGUACUAUGGUAUUCUAUACCAGCCUAGUGUGAACAUGUCCUCAUUCGCGCACAGAAUUGCUCUGCUAGCGGCCGUCGGCACGCUUUGAGAUUAAAACGUAGAAGUAGUAUUUUACUGCAAUUUAGUUGAAAUAUGGGGUUAUGUAUGUAUUUAUAAGGACAGUUAAAGGACGGUAACGGACUGACUUCUGAUGUAAUAAUAUUCAUUAAUGGAAUUGUAUAAAAUAGUUGUGUAAUCGGAGGCCUACUGUAACAAUGGUAUUGUCGCCCAUCAAAGUUGAUUUAGUGUAAAAGUAGCUGUAAUAGAUCCUGCUCAAUUAAUUCUGAGUACAGUUAGGAAACUACUUCAAGUCAAUGUCUUGUGUGAGAGUGAACUGUGUCGUUUUCCAAUAGUUUAUGUAUUUUCUUAGGUUUAUGCAUUCCAUCAAACAGUAAUACUAUUUAAUAAGAUAUGAUCAAUUACCCAUCAACCAAUUUUAUAACUCAACUACAUAGUCAAUAGUUCAAAGUUGCAUCCAUCUUUUUUAUUUAUUAUUGCCAAUUCUCGUCCUACCCCCUUUACUGUGGUUUGCGUAAACCUGACCUAUACUUCCAGUCUUCAUCCAUGUUGAGGUCUAGAUAAAAGUAGCCUAACCUUACAGUUAUAGUAUAACUAAGGCUAGGUACGCACUUAGCGGCUGACCGCACGGCUAACCGGAAGCCCAAAAUUGUAUGUAACCGUAUCCUCUAUAGGCAUUAAAUUGCGGCUGCCGUCCAACCGCUCCGGUCGCUCGCAGCGCUGCGGCUCCUCAGACGGGUAGCCGGACGGUCGCUGUACGAACUACGCGGUUUCACUGCGGUUGCCAGUUUGCGGCCGGUCGGCAUCGAAAGCACACGCGUCCACGCUCUUAUACUGGUUUUCAAAAUUCUUAAAAGUCCUUCAAAAGAUUUGACUCAUUCUUGUAAAUUUGAAAAACUUAUCGUCGUACUUUUUGAGCUCAUCGAAGAAAAUUCCGAAAUGUUUGGUCUCAUCUCGUGUUAACAAAAAUGGAUGCACCCAGAAUCUGUCUUCGUUUCUUUUUCUUUAUGUAACGCGCGUAAAUAUAAUGAAUACCGACAGCCUCUUCGACGUCCAUCUUGGAAAUGGUCGAGUCGACUCGACCGCGCGGUCGCUGUAUGCACUAUCCGGCUGGUCGCAAGUGGAACCGCAACCCGCGGCCAGUCGCUAAGUGCGUACCUAGCCUAAGAGUGAUUGUAGAUUUAAAAAAUCGGUCUUUGUCCAAUGAUUUAUUAUAACUCAAGAUAUGAUAGGUUAUAUGCGUUCCAAAAUUGAAGCGCUUACCUUGUAACGAAUUGUACAAGUUACCUUUAGUCACACUUGGGCAAGCGAGAAAUGUACACGUGCUAAAGAGCUCCCACUCACCGAGAGAGAAAGAGACAAGCUCAUGCUUAGCAACGAGUAUGAAAAAGAUGAACGGAAUGUGAAAAUUAAUCAAAAAGAAUAAUUAGUUCGUAGGCAUUAAAAUAACUAUGGAAGUAUUUUUUGUGCUCCUUAUGUAUGAGCUAUGAGUAUAACCUAUCUAUAGUUAUUUAAUAUCAUUGUCUUUAUCGGGAUAACCCUUAUCAUCUUACAGUAAACCUAAUUUAAAAUUGUGAUUAGGUCUCCAAGGUUUUAGCGCUCACGUCUAGAUGCGCCGAUUAGAGGGCGGUCAUUUUAUUAAAAUUGGUUUUAUUCUACCCACUUCGGGUGGAAGUUCAGUGAACUUCUGAGCUUUACGAAACACUUUAACUUCUUCAUUUUAUAUUUGUAAAGUUUUUAUUAUUAUUUCGAAGCAUUAGCUGUUUGAGCUAAGUUUCAAUUAGAUCAGGGUCAACCCAAGAAAGCGGAAAGUACAUCAGAGUGCCAUUUAAUAUUCUUCUUUUAUAUGUGAAAAAUAAACAGGUUCCUCUUAUACACGACAUUGUGAAACUGCCGUAUAAAACAUAUUCAAAUAUUGUUCGAUGUAAACGAUUCUUCGAAGCAUGUGAUAGCGCUUUUCGGAUAUAAAGAAAGCGAGUAUGUUGGUGUCUUAAAACCACAUUAAAUCAUAUUUAUAAUGCGGAAAAUAGUUAUUAUCCAUUUAUAUUAAGGUGUAGUUAUGUACUCGAAUAAAUAUAACUUUUACAAAA